AUGGGUGUGGUGGAAGCACCACCACCUACUGUGCCAAUGUCGAUAUCGUCUCAGCCUCUUAUGCCUGCUUUGCAAUACACCGUUCCCUUCAAACUCAGCUCCAAGCGCCGGUUUAAAGCGAAGUCUGUGCCGGCAUCCGAUUCGUCGCCUUCAGUGCCAAGGAAUACAGUAUCUUCCCCUAUUCCCCCUACUCCUUUGCCAAAGUCACCUGUGCCAAGGCAGCCAAAACCACCGAAAAAUUCAACGUAUCGCAAAUCCGUGCCCGCCCCCACUGUGGCUGACGAAAACGAAGAGCUGGACUUGAUGGCGAAAGGAUCUGCACGCCCGACUGUCCUCGCAAGUUCCUCAUCCCCAUCAUUCCCUACUAGAUCGCCAGUCCAGGCGGCAGUUGAAGCACCGGUACAUGUGUCAGCUCGUCCACCAGCCGCUCAAUCUGCUACUCUUGUGGGCCCGUCUACCUCAAGCUAUGGUCGUCUACAGCCGGCGCUAGCGCCUGAACUAUGUGGUCCUGUGCAAAGUGUGGAAGGCAGAAAUGUCUGGCUCGAUGUAAGUGACAAUGAUGCUGCUAAUACGUCGCAUCUUUCGAUGCUCGGUGCAGUGACGGACCGAAGUGAUCUCUUCAACUUCGAGACAUAUUUUGAAGCAUCCCUACAACGUAUUCGAGAAGAAAUGUACUUGCCAUCUACAUCAUCAGCCCAGAUCGCAAUAAAGCCACCUGCCAAGACGCAUCGGAAUUUGGUUGCGAGACAUGGCGAUCCGGAUUUGUUUCACAAUGCUCCGCCAAUCAAUGCACGUACGUUUGGUUCGCCUGUAACGGCGCUAGAUGAAUUUUCCUACGUGUUGGACGACGAUGGCUUGGUCAUGCGGGCAUCACAAACGGAUUCAUAUACAACAAUGCAGCCAUCCCUUUCCACAUCCAAGCCCAUUCCUGAACUUCCGCCUGUCGAUCCGUAUCUUCCGGAGGAACAUGAGGUUAUGGGUGAUUCCCAACCAAUUUCGUCUGAGGCGCGUGAUCGCCGGUGGACGUACGACGGCACCUACAGUCCUAUUCUCUCUGAUGAGUCUAUGCCAUCGGAUGUCAGGCUUCCAUUGGAGUUUGUUACGAAACCGAACUCAGUCUUGUCGCGUGGUCGACCAGUGAAGAAAACCCAGCAAAGUAUUUUCUAUUCAAGCCUUCCAGAGCAUCGCCGACAUCGCAAGCGUCGUCUCGAGUCUGACUUGCCGCCUUUCAAAAUGUGGAACUUUGAGGAGGCGGAUGUAGACUCAGAUGCCUUUUCCCAAUCCAUGUCCCAAUCAUCGCCCCGUGGAACCCAAUCAAAGACCGCCUCGCCACCCCGACCGGCGCCUCCGCCUCCGCCUGCACCCAAAGCCACGCUUCUGGGUGACUACGCUGCUGUGACACCCAAGAUGCCAACCCAGAAUCUUUACCCGUCUUCGCCGAACUCAAAGUACACACCUCACUCGGCUUAUAACAAACUGUUUGAAACACCGCCACCCGAUCAAUACGCCAAGGCCCAUUUACAGCGACCUGCGCGCCCGCGUCGGCACCAUGAAAAUCACGAAACAUCAUAUAAUGAACAGCAGUCUCGGCAAACUGAGCAAGAGCCACGCGACCAAUGCGACGCACAGACUCAGCAAGCACAGCUGAACACGCCAACCUCCCAAAAUUUCCCCCCUCAGCGCGAAGUCGAAGCUGAGGCCGCUUCGUUCGACGCAGGACCACGAAAGAAGCGCGGCAAAGAAGCUGCCGAAAGCAAAUUCUCAACGUGGUUCCGUCGUAAGGCACCCCACGUUAGCAAGCCUUCUUCGUCUGCACCUACACAAAAUCAGGUGCCGCAGGUGUCAAGUCCUCCGCCUAGUGAUCGUCCACCUUCACCUCGCACAUCAACGUCUACGAAUAAUACUAUGAAGUACGGCCGCCGAAAAGCGCCGCCUGGCUUUGAACCAUCGCAACCAGGCAAGUACCAUCUUGCUGGCACCGUCUCGCUACCCACUUUGAAUGUGGCACGUACGCCUGAGCAACGUGCGCGCAAUGAGACCGGCUUGCCAGAAACUGAGCCCGCUUUGAUCCAGUCGCUCCUUGCUGCGCCCUCCAGCUCCACUGUACGCGCGCGUGCGGGUAUAAUCAAGUCCAUACCAUUCGUUGAAGAAGCGGCGCCGCCCACUGGCCAAGUCCUAGUAGCUGAAGAGCGCAAGGUACUUGUAAGGCCAGUUAUGUAG